AUGCAGGCCUUAGGAUGCUUCCUCGUACUCUCAUUAUUCCUCCAUUCAUCACCCUUCUUUUCCCAUGCACUUUCCAGUGAUGAAGCCUCUUUCAUUGCUCGUCGCCAAUUGUUACACCUUCAUGAGAACGAUGAAUUACCCGAGAGCUAUGAAGAUACCUAUAAAACAAAUCUAACAUUCCCUAAUGGUAGACUCAAACGUGCUUAUAUUGCACUCGAAGCAUGGAAAAAAGCGAUAUAUUCAGACCCAACAAACUUCACUGGCAAUUGGGUGGGUCCAAAGGUUUGCUCAUACAACGGAGUUUUCUGUGAAAAAGCACUCGACGACCCAAAGAUCGAUGUUGUGGCUGGGGUUGAUCUUAACAAUGCAGACAUCGCAGGGUACAUUCCUCCCGAGUUCGGUUUGUUAACUGACAUUGCUCUUUUGCACAUAAACUCAAACAGGUUUUGUGGGGUUCUCCCAAAAAGCUUCUCCAAGCUAACGCUUUUGCACGAGUUAGAUAUCAGCAACAACCGCUUUGUUGGUCCAUUCCCCAUGCCCGUUCUUUCAAUUCCUGAUAUCAAAUACCUUGACCUGAGGUUUAAUAACUUCGAAGGGGCAUUGCCUUAUGAGCUUUUCAACAAAAGCCUCGAUGCUAUCUUUUUGAACAACAACCGAUUCACAUCCACAAUUCCAGAGAAUCUUGGUUCAUCUCCAGCUUCGGUUGUUGUUUUGGCAAAUAACCAUCUGAGUGGUUGCGUUCCUGCAAGCAUUGGUGAUAUGAAAAAGACCUUGAAUGAGUUUGUUUUAAUCAACAACAACCUUAAUGGGUGCUUGCCCUCAGACAUUGGAAAACUCGAACAGGUUUCGGUAAUUGAUGUCAGCCACAACUCGUUCGUUGGUGUAUUGCCAAGGACCUUCAACGGUCUCGAAAACGUGGAGCUGUUAUCCAUUGCACACAACAAGCUCACAGGUUUUGUGCCACGUAGCAUUUGUAGCUUGCCCAGCUUGGUUAACUUCACAUUUUCAUAUAACUAUUUCAAUGGUGAGGAAGAAGGUUGUGUGCCUCCUAGAAAGGACAUUGUGUUGGAAGAUAAGAACAACUGUAUUCCAGAUAGACCAAAACAGAAGGUGGCAAACGCUUGCAUUCCCGUCAUAAGCAAACCUGUUGAUUGCAGCAAGGCACAGUGUGGCCAAUCAUCUCAUCACUCUAAUCCUCCAACUGAAAAGUCAACACCUUCUGUACCCAAAUCACCAUCAAAAUCUACUCCUUCUGUACCUAAAUCACCAUCAAAAUCUACUCCUUCUCCCUCCAAUCCUCCAGCUGAGAAGCAAACACCACCACCAUCGAAACAAACACCACCAUCGAAACAAGAACCACCCAAAGCACCCCCAUCACCAGAAGAUGAUCCUCACCGUGAAGCACCCCGCCGACGAGAAAGACCUCCACACUCUCCACCACCACCACCUGCUGUCCACUCUUCACCACCACCACCAGUCCAUUCUCCUCCUCCACCAGUUCACUCCCCACCACCACCGGUUCACUCACCACCCCCGCCGGUUCAUUCACCACCACCACCUGUUCACUCACCACCACCACCUGUUCACUCACCACCACCACCGGUUCGCUCACCACCUCCACCAGUUCACUCACCACCACCACCUGUUCACUCACCACCACCACCUGUUCACUCACCACCUCCACCAGUUCACUCCCCACCACCACCCGUUCACUCCCCACCACCACCUGUCUACUCUCCACCACCUCCUGUUCACUCUCCACCACCCCCACAGGUACAUUCUCCUCCUCCACCAGUUCACUCUCCACCACCUCCACCGGUCUAUUCUCCUCCUCCACCAGUUCACUCUCCACCUCCUCCACCGGUACAUUCUCCUCCACCACCCGUUCACUCACCUCCACCACCCGUCUACUCUCCGCCACCACCAGUUCACUCUCCACCGCCACCAGUACAUUCCCCACCACCACCUACACCAACUGUUUCACCUCCUCCGCCAGAAGAAGAGAUUGUUCUUCCCCCUCACUUCGGCUCUUCAUAUGCAUCGCCGCCUCCACCUAUCGUUGCCGGCUACUAA